CGCUAAUUAUUACCAUAUUAUACCCAUCCAUUCCCCCCAUCUCUUUCGGACACACACAAAUGUAUGCUUAUAUAUCACACGCCCAACAAUCUUUGCUUUGGGUUUGGAACUUUGAUUUCCCCUUCCUCUCAUCUGAACUGAAACAUUGGUUCCUGCGCAUCACCAGGAACCAAAAAAAAACACAACAUAUUACAUAAUAAUAAUUUCAAAAAAGAAAAGAAAUAUAUAAAAUAAUGAGAGCGGCGGCCGCAUUAUUAUCAUGCCGGAGUAGUCUGGUGUUGGCCGUGGUUUCCCUCCUGGCGGCCGCCUCCGCGCAGGAAGGCGGCCCACGGAGCGUCACCUACGACCACAAAUCUCUGAUCAUAAACGGGACCCGGGAACUGAUCUUCUCGGGCUCCGUCCACUACCCGCGGUGCCCCGCGGAUACGUGGCCGGAUAUCAUAAGGAAGGCAAAAAAGGGAGGGCUGAACACGAUCCAGACGUACGUGUUCUGGAACGUUCACGAGCCCGAGGAAGGGAAGUUUGACUUCCAAGGGAACAAUGACCUUGUGAAGUUCAUAAAGGUGAUAGGGGAGCAGGGGAUGUUUGUGACCCUUAGGGUGGGUCCUUACCUUGAGGCUGAAUGGAACUUUGGAGGGUUCCCCUACUGGCUUAGGGAGGUCCGUAACAUCACCUUCCGUUCUUAUAAUCAGCCUUUUAUGUACCACAUGAAGAGAUUCACCCAAAUGGUCAUUGAUCUGAUGAAAAGGGAAAAACUUUUUGCUCCUCAAGGAGGCCCCAUCAUUUUGGCUCAGAUAGAAAACGAGUAUGGCAAUGUGCAGCUCGCAUAUAGAGAUGAUGGGAAGAAAUAUAUCAAUUGGGCAGCAGAUAUGGCUGUGGGUUUGUACAAUGAAAUCCCAUGGAUCAUGUGCAAACAAAAGGAUGCCCCCAACAGUGUGAUCAGCGCGUGCAACGGAAGGCAUUGUGCGGACACAUUCCAAGGAUCUAAUGGGGCAAACAAGCCUUUGCUGUGGACGGAGAACUGGACGGCCCAAUACAGGGUUUUUGGGGACCCGCCAUCCCAGAGGGCGGCGGAAGAUAUUGCCUUCUCCGUGGCACGCUUCUUUGCCACCGGGGGUAGCCUCGUCAACUAUUACAUGUACUAUGGUGGGACGAGUUUCGGGAGAACAACCUCGUCCUUCGUCACCACCAGAUACUAUGACGAAGCCCCCCUUGAUGAAUUUGGUCUCAAGAGGGAGCCUAAAUGGAGCCACCUUAGAGAUGUCCACAGAGCUAUUAAAUUGGCUAAGAAACCCAUUCUCUGGGGAAAUCGAUCUGUUGAAAAGAUAACCGCCGAUCUUGAGAUAGUUUCACAACACAAUGCCAGAAACUUCCACCCUUCCAAAAUUGCAAGGAAUUUGAAAUGGGAGAUGUUCCAAGAGCCCAUACCAAGCUUUGAUGAGUUGCCGAUAAAGAACCAGGUCCCGCGCGAAUUCUAUAGCUUAACCAAAGACACCUCCGAUUACGCCUGGUACAGCACCAGGUAUGCAGUGCUAGCUUGUUAAUAAGUCAUCUAAGACCUGAAUCAAAUAUGUGUAUAAAACAAUGUGUUAAGUUGACACUAUGGAAUAACCCUGCAGAAUUCAUUUUAAUCGCCGUAACUUGCCGAUGCGGAGCGACAUCCAUCCAGUUCUCCAGGUUGCAAGUCUUGGCCACGCAAUGCUUGGGUUUGUCAAUGGCGAAUACGUUGGUAAAUAUAUACUAAUGGUGUGA